CCCUUGAAAAGAAAUAUGGUUCAGCUGAGAAAGGGUUAAGUCGUUAUUCUUGUGAAAAAAUGAUUGAGUUUCAUAUGGUUGAUAAGAAGUCUGUGUCAGAUCAAAUCCAUGAGUUUGAAAAUAUUGUUUAUGACAUGAAACUGAAAGGAAUUGUUUUGCCUGAUGUCAUGCUUGUGACCUUCAUGAUUUCAAAAUUGCCUCCUUCUUGGUCUGAUUUUGCUAGAAGUUUGAAACAUAAGCCAGAAGGUUUUACUUUUGAUGAGUUGCUUAUCUGUCUGCGUAUUGAGGAAAAACAUCGUCUUUCUCAAAAGAAUUUGCAAGCCUCUAAUUUUCAAGCUAAAGUCCACAUGGUUGAAGGCUCUAGUAAAUCCUCUUCAAAGUCCUUUAAUAGGCAUGGGCCAAACAGAUAUAAGUCUUUCAAAAAACCAGCUUUCUCUAAAAAUAAAGACAAUGCUCCUAAUAACAACAAUAGGCAUGUGGCUAAAAUUCAAGGGAAUGAGACCUUUUGCUUUAUAUGUGGACGAGCGAAUCAUGUUGCUAAGAACUGUUUUCAACGUCGUCGUCAACCAAUGUCUACCCAUAAGCCUGAAGCCAAUGUUGUCUCUGUGGGUGCUGCCUCCAAUUCCCUAUCUGACAGGAAUCAAGUACACGAACUGUGAGCAUGGGGAAUGGGAGUGUAGCACAUGUUGUUGGAGAAGGCCAAAUUAGUUUAGAGUUCUCUUCUGGAAAGAGUCUUGUUUUAAAUGGAGUUUAUCAUGUUUCUGAUUUUAGGAGAAAUUUAAUAAGUUGUUCCUUGUUAGUCAAACAAGGUUACAAAUUUGUACUUGAGUCAA